AUGGGUACACCUGGAGUGCGCGCAGUCGGCGUUAAGUCUAACCAUGUUGUUGAAGUUGCACAGAUUCUAGGGAUUGAAGCAGCGCGACAAGUAAUUAUCGACGAAAUUAAAAAGUGCAUGGAGGCAUAUUCUAUGAACAUCGACUGUCGACAUAUGACGCUUCUGGGCGAUGUUAUGACUUUCAGAGGUGAAGUGUUAGGGAUAAAUCGCUUCGGCAUACAAAAGAUGCGAGCCUCUACAUUAGUUCUAGCUUCGUUUGAAGAAACAAACGAGCAUUUGUUUGAAGCUGCUGUACAUCAUCGCUCUGAUCCUGUUAAAGGUGUCAGUGAGUGCAUCAUCAUGGGCAAGCCUAUAGCCCUAGGGACGGGUUCUCUCGAUAUACUUGCGCAGCUCAAUAUACAGAGCCCUAAGAAGGAGUAUGAGACCCUUCUAGCUCCUUACAAAACCACAGCAGCAGCAGCAGCAGCAACAGCAACAGCAACAGCAGCAACAACAGCAGCAGCAGCAGCAGCAACAGCAACAGCCCGUUCGUAA